AUGAAACUCAAUGAAAAUGUGAAAAUCGUGGCGGAAAAGUGUGUGCUGGUCCCUUAUGAGCCUUGCCAUGUGGAAAAGUACCAUAAAUGGAUGGAAGAUGAGGAAAUUCGAAGGUUAACCGGUUCGGAAAGAUUAUCGCUGGAAGAGGAAUUCGAAAUGCAAAAAUCGUGGCGAGAAGACGAUGAUAAGCUCACUUUCAUCGUUUUGAGCAGAGAAGAAGGCGAAGAGACGAAUAGAAUGCUGGGAGACGUGAAUUUAUUCAUUUCGAAAUCAGAGAAUUUAGAAGAAGAAGAAGACGUUGGAGAGGUGGAGGUGAUGAUUGCGGAGCCACGUGGCAGAGGCAAAGGAAUUGGCCAGGAAGCUGUUUCAUUGAUCAUUUCAUGGGCGUUUAAGAACCUCCAAAUCGCUCGAUUCUGUGUAAAAAUCACUGAAGACAAUGCUCCUUCGCUAUCCCUCUUCGAGAAAAAAUUGGGAUUCAAACGGGUCAGCUACAGUAGUGCAUUCAAGGAAAUCACCAUGGAAUUGCCCGGAGAACGGCUGGAAUCGCAUUUUGGACGGUUUUUAGGCGAAAAUUCGCAAAUUUUGGAGCAUAAAUGA